AGAGGUUUGGAAUUAAUAAGAAGACGAAUCACAGAAACUGUUUUUCAGUGAGCAGUAGAUUUGGGAUGCCGAUGCAGAUGGAACUUCAUAAUAAGAGCCAUGAAUACAGAAUUCGGACAUCCAGGAACAGUGAAUCUUCUAAUCCAAUUCCAAGAAAAAAGUCAAGUUUGGGUGGCAGUCCUAGUAUUUUAGAUGGAUCAGCCCGAAUCUCACAUCUCUGGAAUUUUGAAAGUGAUACGCUUUGGAAGACAAACAACCAUGAGAAUGAAAUAAAGCUCUCUUCUUCCUCUCCAAGAGAUAGUGAGGCAAGCUAUAGUAUCUCCAAUACGUGCAAACCACAAGAGUUAAUCCAUGAAACAAGAUCAACGUUUUCAAGCACAGCAAUUCAUUCUAUGAAGAAGCUUAAACUCUAUCAGUUUUCGACAGUUGAUAGCACACGGAGAGAGCAGAGAAUACUCGAACGAUUACAGGUUGAAAAAAUUGUCUUGAGAUCAGAGCUAUAUAAGUUACUUGUGAAUCUAGAGAAAGACAAAGGUACUACAAUGGGCAGGAGAACUGUAGACAAAAUGCUGUAUAAACUUGAAAACGAAGGGCACUGCAAAUGUAUACACCUAGAUUUAAAUGGGAUUAUGAAUACUAACUUUAACCGUAAAGUUAAGGUGGUCCUGCACCCAUCUAUUCUGAGUUUAUCUUCUGAAGUAAUUGGUAUAAUUCGUAAUAAACUCAAGUCUUUUCACAAGCGAACUCAUGACCCAUUCAAGAACAAGAAUAGUAACUCAGUUCAUCUAUUUGAUUAUGCACAAAGAACUCAAACUCGAUAUAGUUCAAAUUCCCUAACUCUUAGAAUGGAAGCCAUGCGGGCUAAUGGAUACAUACGUGGAAAAAUGGUUCGAGCAAGGCUGUUGCAUGGUUUUCUCUGGGACUAUGCAUGUAGUUUAUCUGCUAGGGAUGAUGUUUUAUCAUAUGGGAGACAAGAUCAUGAUCUACAUAAUCUUUGUGUCACGUUUGAUGUUGAAGGAGCUAUCAAGGGAAUUCCACUUGAGCUAUUCUUUCAAGUUGUCGGAUCUUCUGUUAUAGUUGAGAAGGGAGUAUAUUUACGUGAUCUUUCUAAUGAAGAGUAUAAUGAACUAUAUGAUACUUCAGCUAUCAGGAGACUGUCUUUGCUUGUAUCUAUUUUACAGCGGCUGAAGUUGAUUCGGCGGGUAAAUAGCGGAAGUUCUGAUGAUGGAGUCACUUCUUUGCAUGCCAGUCCUGUUUAUUCCCUGGAGCUUAAGCCUUAUAUAGAGGAACCAACAUUACUCAUAGCAUGUUCAAAUUUUGGAUCUCUUGAUCUUUGCCCAGACAGACAUGUUAUGGAUGAGAUGAUCAGACAUGAGUUUGUUCUCUCAAACAGAGAUGCCAUUGAUGAAUACUGGCAAUUUUUGGAAUAUACUUAUGCUGGGAUUGAUUUAAAAGAUGCUUCACAUGCAUUCCCUGGAUCUACUGUUCAUGAGAUUUUUGGUUACAGUUCAUGGGCCUCAGUUCGAAGAAUGACUGUUGGUCAGAAGGCAGCAGUACUGAAACUUCUAGCCAAGGUCAAAUUCAAUGAAAAACUUCCUUACAAAAAAUGUAAGGAGAUUUCAAAGAACCUAAAUCUCACCAUGGAGCAGGUGCUUCGUGUGUAUUAUUCUAAGCUCCGGCGUCGUCAAAGAGCUAAAAAAUUAAAUGCACAGGGGGCAGAAUGCCAACCCCUGAUCAUUAGUUCCUUUUCUCGAAAAAGGAAAAGAUCUGCAAAAGGUAGAGCUUUGAAGCAUAGAAAAGUUGACAAUGAAACUGAACCAUUUUCUCAGCAAAACCUUCCUAGAUCAGCCGGCAGUGAUGAAGAUUUCAUAGGAGAAGAAAAUUCUACAUUAGCCUUUCCUCGAGAGCAUGAAAGUCAGUUGCAAGAACAGCAAGAAGAAGAUCAUUCAAAGGAUUCUGAAAGGCCUGGAGCAAAUAUUGACAAGUAUCAUUCCCCUAAUAAUGAUUCGGCAUUUUCCAAGUUGAAGUCGGCACAUCAAAGAAGUUUUAAGUGGACAAAAAACGCUGAUAGGCAAUUGGUGAUCCAAUAUGUAAAACAAACUGUGGGGCUUGGAGCAAAACUAUAUGAUGAAGACAGGGUCUCAUUUGGUAACCUUCCCACACAUCUAGGAGCUUGUAGAAGAAGAAUGCGUUUCCUGAAGCAGAAUAAAAGAUUCAGGGAAUCUUUAAACAGCCUUUGUAAUAUGCUUAGCAAACAACCUGAGGGUACAGCAAUGGAAAAAAUUAAAUUUGCUUUGGAAGAAGUUCUUCAGAGCAGGCAGGAGCCUAUAGAGGAGGCCCCAAAAACUGCAAAUGUUUGUGGCUCUCAAUUUCCGCCACACACAGGAAGUAGCGCUGCUAGAUUUUCUAGGUGGCUUGAUGAACAUGAAAAAGAUUUUAUGAGAGGAGGGCUUGAUCUCACAUUAGAUUUACAUUGUGGAGGAACUUUUCAUUUGUUUGCCUUAGUUUCUUCGGGUGAACUGUUCAUUUCUCCUUCUGUUCCAGUUGAAGGUGUUGGAGAAGCUGAAUUUAUCAAAGGUUUAUCCACUCCUUUUGUUGAUGACUCCUUUGAUAAUCGCCGUGAAAAGGGUUUUCCAGGUAUCAAGUUACCUGUGCAUCGAGCACCAACGCCGAGAGCUGUUUCUCUUGGAUCAUCAUUCAAGAACGGGGAACAUUUUGGUAAUAUAAAUCAUCUAGGAAAUAAUUCUGGAAUUCUUGAAGUUGAAAGCGAUUCAUCACAUUCUGAAACUAUUAAGGAAAACCUCAAUUUCGAACACACAGUUCCUACACUCAAGGAUUCUUGCAAGUCACCUUCGGAACUGAUGGUCGAUCAUGCUGCACAUCUGAAAAUGCUUAAGAAGAUCAUUAGUAAAGUUCUUCGUAUUGUCAUGCAAAAUCCAGGAAUACGGGAGGAUGAUAUUAUUCAUAAAAUGGACUUGCCAAUGUCAAACUCCCAGGUAAGGUGCUAUUCAAUUUAUAAUCAAGAGAUCCAUUAACCUCUUCUUAUUUUGUUUUAUUUAACUAAGGCCAUAAAUAUAUAAUAAGUUUAUACAAAUCUGUAGCUCAUAAUUCUUGUUUCUGUAGAUGCGAACGUAUAAUGUUAUGAGUAUUUAGACACGAGUGUUG